AAGCAAAAUUAAUAAUGUUGUAAUAUUUUGUGCAGGAUGCUAUGAAGUUUGUGGUGCUAUUAUUUGUUUUGGUUUCUUCUUCCUCACCAUACCUUGCAUGGGCAUUUGAUGAAGCAACAUAUUUCAAUGUCACCGACUAUGGAGCCAUAGGCGAUGGCCGUACGGAGAGUUCCAAAGCAUUUCUAAAGGCGUGGGAUGCAGCUUGUAAAGACACGGUUAAAUCUCCAACUGUGUACGUUCCACCUAAAUCCAUAUUUUUAGUGAACCCUGUCAAUUUUAACGGCCCAUGCAAUGGUCCAGGGAUCAAUCUCUUGAUUUUAGGAACAAUUGUAGCACCAAAUGCACCUAGUGCGUGGGAUGGCAAAGAUGCAAGCCAGUGGUUGGCAGUUACAAAUACAAAGGGCUUAAGUGUUGUGGGCUUCGGGGUCAUCGAUGGUCAGGGCAAGGCCUGGUGGGACCAGUCUUGCAAAUAUCAUCCUAAAUUGAAAAAUUGCACGACUCUAGCUCCAACUGCGUGGAAGUUUAUUGGGUGCAACAAUAGUAUUGUUAGUAAUAUAAGGUUUAUAAACAGUGCUCAAACACAUAUAUCAGUGCAAGGAUGCAAUGGCUUCCUUAUUCAAAAUGUAACAAUCGAGUCACCGGGAAACAGCCCUAACACCGACGGCAUCCACAUUCAAUCGACGCACCAUCUCAGCAUUAACGAUUCCAAGAUCACCAAUGGUGAUGAUUGUAUCUCAAUUGGUGACCACAGUUCUCAUCUCUCCAUAAGCAAUAUUCAAUGUACACUUGGUCAUGGAAUCAGCAUUGGAAGUUUGGGAAGAAGUGGAAACCUCGUACAAGUAGAGAACAUCAAUGUAACUAAUUGCAUCUUCAAUGACACCACAAACGGAGCUCGAAUAAAAACAUGGCAGGUGGGGAGAGGAUAUCUCAAGCACAUCGCAUUUGAAAGACUAACAUUCAACAAUGUGAAGAACCCUAUAAUCAUAGACCAAAACUACUGCGAUGUCAGUGGCGCAUGCCCAGAGCUGAAAACUGGAGUUCAAAUAAGCAAUGUGUCUUACCGGCACGCAGUGGGGACAUCAGCAACGCAUAUCGCCAUUAAUCUCAACUGUAGCAAGUCUGUACCUUGUCAUGGAAUAUCGAUGGAAUCAGUACAGUUAACAUCAGCCAUAACUGGAAAACAAGUCACUGCGAAUUGUAGUAAUGCAUAUGGUAGAGAGCAUGAUAUAGUUCCUGGCCCGUGUCUUCCACAUGAAACACAUCAAGACACUAUGAUAUAA